AUGCACAUUAUGGUUCCAUUCAAGCUGCCGGACAAAGGAAUUUACGUUUUCGCAUCCCAACUUCAUGCGCACUUGUCUGGUCGAAGAAUCUUCACCAGCCAUUAUAGAGAAGGAGUGAAAAUCGGAGAAAUCAAUCGAGACGACCACUAUAAUACGAAGUGGCAACACCUUGCUCACAUUCGCCCCUAUGUUCAUGUUUUACCGGGUGACAUACUUUCAACUACAUGUGUGUAUGAAACUCUUUCCAAGAGUGAGAUAACUCUGGUGAGGUUUUAA